GAAUCUCUCAGGUGUUUUGAUGAAGUGUUAUGGAGGCUGUUAGCCACCAGCACUGCUGACGGUUUUGUUACUGUCUACAUCCUGCUCUUAUUCACUCAGUCUCACUGUCAGCUCCUCUGGUGUAAAGGUUGACAGUUAGUAAAAUCAUGGAGUCCAUGCUAAACAAGCUAAAGAGCACCGUGACCAAGGUGACAGCUGACAUGACCAGUGCUGUCAUGGGCAACCCUGUGACGCGGGAGUUUGAGGUGGGCCGACACAUCGCCAGCGGGGGUCCAGGGAUGAGCUGGAGGAUCUACAACGGCACCAAAAAAUCCACCAAACAGGAAGUGGCAGUCUUUGUGUUCGAUAAGAAGAUCAUCGAUCGCUAUCAGAAGUUCGAGAAGGAUCAGAUCAUUGAUUCACUGAAGAAAGGAGUUCAACAGCUGACGCGGUUACGACAUCCGCGUCUCCUCACAGUUCAGCAUCCACUGGAGGAGUCCAGAGACUGUCUGGCGUUCUGCACUGAGCCCGUGUUCGCCAGUCUGGCCAAUGUGCUCGGCCAGUGGGACAACCUCCCUAGUCCUGUUCCCACAGACAUCAAAGAAUACAAACUCUACGACGUUGAGACCAAAUACGGCUUACUGCAGGUCUCGGAGGGUUUGUCGUUCCUUCACAGCGGGGUUAAAAUGGUUCAUGGUAACUUGUGUCCAGAGAACAUCAUCUUGAAUAAGAGCGGAGCCUGGAAGAUCAUGGGCUUUGACUUCAGCAUCUCCUCUAGUAACCCGUCAGACGCUGAGCCCAAGUACGUUUGUAAAGAGUGGGACCCCAAUCUCUCGCCUCUCUGCCUCCCGAACCCAGAAUACGUGGCUCCUGAGUACAUCCUUUCCGUCAGCUGUGACGCGGCUUCUGAUAUGUACUCGCUGGGCGUCUUGAUCCACGCCGUGUUCAAUGAAGGCAAACCCGUCUUUCAGGUCAACAAGCAGGACAUAUUCAAGAGCUUCAGCCGACAACUGGACCAGCUGAGCCAUCUAAGUCCAGGAGUAUUGAGUCAGAUCCCAGAGGAGGUCAGGGAUCAUGUGAAGAUGUUGCUCAACAUCACGUCCAACGUGCGUCCAGACGCAGACCAGAUGACAAAGAUUCCCUUCUUCGAUGAUGUUGGAGCGAUGACCCUUCAGUACUUCGACUCGCUUUUCCAGCGGGAUAACUUACAGAAGUCUCAGUUCUACAAAGGUCUCCCAAAAGUUCUGCCCAAGUUGCCCAAGAGAGUGAUAAUAUAUAGAAUCCUCCCGGCUCUCGCGUCUGAGUUUGUGAACCCCGACAUGGUUCCGUUUGUUCUUCCAAAUGUGCUGCUCAUCGCUGAAGAGUGCACAAAGGAGGAAUACGUCCGCCUUGUUCUCCCAGACCUCACCCCAGUUUUCAAACAGCAGGAGCCAGUACAGGCCAGCAACAUGAUCCUGCUGAUAUUUCUACAAAAGAUGGACCUACUUUUGACCAAGACGCCUCCUGAAGACAUCAAGAACAGUGUUCUGCCCAUGGUUUACAGAGCAGUGGAGGCCCCCUCUACUCAAAUACAGGAACUUUGUCUAAAUAUCAUUCCCACGUUUGCCAAUCUAAUCGAGUACCCAUCUAUGAAGAAUGCACUUAUCCCUCGUAUCAAAUCUGCCUGUUUAAAGACAUCCUCACUAGCGGUGAGGGUGAACUCUUUGGUGUGCCUAGGCAAGAUCCUGGAGUACUUGGAUAAAUGGUACGUCAUUGAUGAAAUUCUACCGUUCCUACAACAAAUUCCAUCCAGGGAGACGGCUGUGCUCAUGGGCAUUCUGGGCAUCUACAAGUGCACUUUCACCCAUAAGAAAUUGGGCAUCCCAAAAGAGCACCUGGCUGGAAAGAGUUUACCACAUCUGGUGUCACUUAGUAUCGAUAACAACCUUAACCUUAACCAGUUUAACUCUUUCAUGGCUGUGAUCAAGGAAAUGUUGAAUCGCCUGGAGGCAGAGCAUAAGACCAAAUUAGAGCAGCUGCACGCUAUGCAAGAGCAGCAGAGGAGUUUAAACAUUACAAACCACAUGAACCAAUCAGAAGAGACUAAGAACACACCCAGCCCGGCCACACAAGUCAGAGAUAUUGAUGAGAUCUUUGGUGGCAGUUCAGGAAGUGCAGGUGUGAAUGGUAAAGAGAACGGUUCCUCGUCAACUGCAUCACAACCCUCACGAGUGUCUCUCACCUUGGAAGAAAAGCAGCGUUUGGCUAAAGAGCAGGAACAGGCGGCUAAACUAAGAAGCCAGCAGCCACUGGCUCCACAGAGCAUCAAACCAGCCACAACGACACCGCAGGCGAAGGAUCUGACCAACAGUCUUUUGAACACCAUGACAUCUGUGAACACCCUCUCUUUGAACUCUGGGACCAGGACGAUGCCCAUGCAGGGCGCCACCAUAUCUACCUUCCCAGCUGGACCCACUAUGGGUGGAAUGGGCACUAUGGGCGUCAGCAAUGGUUUUAACUCGCCCAUGGGAUUCCAGGCGGGAGGUAUGGGAAUGGGCAUGAGACCCGCUGCCCCUGGCCUUUACGGAGGCAUGGCCACUACUACCAGCACUCCCAGUUUCAGUGCCCUCACCCAGAACCAGAGCCUAAACCAACCCAGCAAGCCCACAGACAUGUCAGCCCUAGACUCCCUCUUCACUUCUAGCAAACCUAAAGUCAGUAUGAACCAAAUGGCCCCUAAAACGGCUCCAGGAGCCACUGCACCUUCCCCAUGGAUCAAUCAGUUUGGUAGAGGACAACCUUCCCAGCCUGCACCCAUGCAGGCGACUCCGAUGGGGAUGGCGGGAGUUCAGGGUGGGUUUGGAAUGCAAGCAAACCCGUUCUUCAACCCUCAGAACUUCUCGCAACCUUCAACAGCGAACACUGGGACGAUGAAGCAAAGCGCUUCAGUCAACAACGAUCUCAAGGACCUCUUCGGGUAAAACAUUUGCCUUUCGUUCCCGCUGUGUGGGAAUCAAAAUGAAAUGACAUCAGCAGCGAAGAUGACAGUCAAAACUUAGUUGGACGGGUGGACAUGGUAUGCUUGAAAGGGUUCAAAACAGAUAUUCUGGUUUAUUUUGUCUUUUAUUUAGCCGUUAUCAAUGGUGAGCCUCCCUCGGACAGUCAGCUCAUCUCAUCGUGUGAAUCUAAAGCAGACGGCACCAAACAAACAUCGUGUUUUUACAGAAAGCUUGGGCUCUUCUACUGAAAGCUGCUUCGGGCGGUGGAUGCCUUGUGUUCGUUGUAUCGUUUGACUUAACAGUCGCACAAAAAAAAAAAAAAGAUUCAGAUACUAAAGGAGUAACAACUGGGCAUAACCAACUCAAGCACUUUUUGGUUUCAUUUCCUAUUUGCUUGAGCCUCACGCUGAAUGAGUCGACUUCCUUUACCAGAACAAACAUCAUCGAUGGCCCCUAGGAUAGUGUCUCGCAAAAGGAAGUCUCCCAGUUGUGUUCUCCCUCGUCAGCGGUCAUACGAUAAGUAAAGCAAGAGCUGGUGCAGUCCAUAAUUUGUGUAUAUGUUGUAUUAUUGAGUUUCAUUCUGAUGACAUGAUCCACUGAGAUACAAUAUCUUAAAGAAACAACACUGUCUUCAUAUCGUAGGUGCACUAAACGUAAUAGAGCUAAAACCACCACAACAAUGACUGUAGUUGGGUUUUGAGAUUAGGUUGGGAAUCUUGGGAUUGUUUGUGUUGGGAUGUUUGUGUAAAACAGAAUCCACCAGCUUCAUUCAUGAAACACCUAGCUGAUUUUUGUUUGUGUGUGUGUGUGUGUGUGAAUUUGUUUGUUAAACUCUCUCUUGAAAAAGGGUCAUAUUUCAUCCCGAAAUCAAAAGACAAAGUCAAAUAUGCAAAACUGCAUAUUUUUUUUUCCACAAUACUCAACUACUUUCAUCUGUGUAUGUACCAUUUUCAUUGUUAAAAUAAUAUUUUUUUCACAUUAUGGUAAUGAGGAUGAAAAAAAAUUUAUGCAUUAUGAAAAUGAGAGAAAAAAAAAAUCACUUUAUGGUAAUGAGCCUUAUGUUUUGUGAUGAGAAUCGGUGGGAAAUUAGAUGAAUUGUCAAAAAUGUCAAUGUAUAAAGUAAAAAAUAGGUGUCUGUAUGCAAAAUUACAAUUUGCGCAUUUAGAUUUGGGGAUAAAAUAUGCAUUUCCUAAACUGCAGCUAUAUAUGGUGAAUUGUAGCAUUCAGUUGAGUGCAGCAUCUUGUCUACGACCAAGUUUUAAAAGAAGUGUGUUUCAUGAAUGAGGGCUGAUGUGUCUGUUUCCCUUUGGGUUCUCUGCCGUUUGUUAAAACUGUAUUAUCAUGUCAUUUUGUGUUUCCUGGGGAAGUUACGGAUCAUGCCACGGCAUUACAUGUGGUCUAAUUUUUGUUUUUUAUGUUUGUGUGAUUUUAUUUUAUGGGCAGUUUCCUGUUGUAAGAAGUGACCAACUACAUUCCUUAUCAUGUCAUUCCAUAUCACGCUGCAACACAGCAAAUCACCAAAAUGUUUAUUAUUUCUGAAAAAAAAAAAAAAGAUUGAAUGAAGUGUACAGUAUAUCGAGGUGAACUGCCACUUUUUUUAUAUACCGUUGCAAGUGAAUGGCUUUCCUGCAGAGAAUCUUUUAUAUCCAGACAGGUUUUAUUCAAAGGGAAUGCUUUUCCUGGUCUUGGGAAUGAGAGCGGCCUUAUGUGGAGAGUUGUGCA